AUGGAAGCCCCGGGAAUAGCCAACGCCGUAUUACUGACGAUGUCCAAGGAGACCCGGCCCAUCAAUCCCACAGCGGUCAACCCGACACUGUCAACCCUUCUGCGGGGCAUGGUAUGUGACGCCCCGGUCAAACUUGCACUUCUGGAAGAUGCGUAUGCUAAGACGCGACCUAGAAGGAUCUACGAUGUUGCUGAGCCGAAGGCGUACUGUAGCUAUUGA